ACUACUGGUAAGGCCUGAUGCCACUGGUGGGAUGGAGGUGCAGCCAUUGAUUCGUUGAGCGGUUAGGUCCUGUGAGCAGCAAGCAACAGCAACAGCAACAGCAACAGCAGCACCAAGCCCAGCAUUCAAUCACUUACUUUGCGGUGUACGGGUACAUUGCAUUUCUGUAUUCUACAGUGUAGUGUCUGUUCUACUCAGUGUAGUGAAGAAUGAGCAACCUUGAUCCAGGCGGCAGCCAUGGAAUGAUGCGGCAACAGAUGCUGCAGCGGGACUACAGUGAAAUGACUGAAGAAAUUGGAGACACAUCGACGGGCGAAGACGAGGACGUGAUCGUCAUGGACGGCAAUGAUCCAAUGACCCAAUACUAUUUGCAAAUGACGGAUGAAGUCGUCAGCGACCAACACCAAAUUCAACAGCAACAGAAGAGAAUUCUGCAAGGCGAUCCGCCUUCACUCAUGUCACCGGCCACGUUGGACUUGGCCAUGCAGAUCUUGAGCAGCAGAACCAGUGGAGAGCUCUACGAAGGAGAUGACGAAUUAGACGAAGACACCACGCUAGGUCAGUCACAAACAGGGCCAGACGACACUGAAGCUGAACAAGGAUCAGAAAUCCCGUCUGUUGACGUUUCUAUGAGAGCGACAAGUACCUCGCGCUCCGCAGACGAUGACGAUGACGAUGAAGAUGACGUCUUGGUCAAUGACAACGAAGAGUUAGAUUUCGUUCACGUUCACUUGGAACAUCUUCCCAGCAGAGACGACCGCGACGUACCAGUACAUGUACAGAUGCACGCAGAUGCAUUAGCGGAGCAACCGUAUCCUGCUCAGCAUACCGGUACCGGUACAGACCAGGCCAACACGAAUGGGGGCAACCAAACAGAAACAGGACAACAAGCAGGGCCCUAUCCUGCUCGAUUCUCCUUCUACCGAAAACUUGCGGUCGAAGGAUCCAAAUCCGACAAUGCCAAGACCGACGAAGUGAUAGACGAGGUGAUGCAUGCCAUUAGUUCGGGAUCUGCAGGAUUCGAAACAUCCGAAAAAACUCAUCAAUCACAUCAAUCGUCCAGCGUCGGGGAUUCUGAAGGGGCCCUCGUUGCAAGCGUCGCUUACCAACAAGCAAGCACUGGAUAUCAACGUCAGCAGGCUCUGCAGGGAAGCUUGGAUUACAACGACGAGAAGGACAGUCAGGCACAAACAAGCAUCGUCCAAAACUAUCAGCAUCAGCAUCAUCAUCAGACUCCAGGCAAAACAGAGAUGGGAGGGAAUGUUUCCCAAUACGAGCACCUUCAUCAACAAAUACAAGAGUUCAGGAAAUCUAGGGACAACGUCCAACACCAUGAGCACCAGAACGACUUUGAUUUUGUGCACAUGGAAGACGUUCCCGACCAUCACGAUCCACUUCAUAGUCCCACGAACGAGGCCCAAGGAGGUCUUGAUAAUCAAAGGCUCAACGACAAGAAACGGAAACUAAUUGGCCCACCCUGCAUGUCAGAGAGCAAGAACGCACAAAACUUGACGGAAGAUAAUGCCAAUGCUCGUCCAGCCACGACGAAAGGUGUUCAUUUCAGCGCGUCUUCUGAGCUCAAUCAAGACUAUAGUCACACCGUUUCAGCUACCGGUACCGCUACCAGCGAUGGUGACAAUGACGACGCGGAUGAUGAAGAGCGCGGAAACCCAAAGUGGAAGCAGGGAAAGGAACAGCGCCAAGAACGACUGUUGAAGCGCCGAGAGAAGAGAUUCCGCAUGACACUCCUGCAGACAAUGCAGCACAAUACACGGGCCAACUUCUGUACCAUCUUCUUGCUGGGUGUUGCUAUGGCUACACUUGUGUUGUUGAUUGUUGCCAAAGUGACGAGCAACAAACACGAGAACAUGUUCUACGACGAAGAAAAGGACCAGAACUUUGUCGUGACCAACAAUGAGCGUCUCAUGACGAUUGAAGUCUUGGCGUUUGCCCUUAUCAUGGUGCUGUUGUUUGGCUCUGUUUGCUAUCUUGGGGCCGCAACGUUUGACACAAAUAACUCACUGGUUGCCUCUGUCAAGCAUGAAGAUGCAUGUCUGGCAAAUUCCAGUGCUCGUCGGAAACAUGCGACCUACAAGGCGCCCGUGGUUGUGCAAGACGGAAGCCCUGAUCGAAGGCAUCGUUUCCUCAAGUCAAGCCCAUCCGAUGACGAAACAUUCCUGAGAAGCUGCGGUAUGACUCCCGACCCUCAGACUGACACGGAGCAAUCGUACACUGAAAAUUCCUACAGCUUGCAGGAUCAGACAACCUUUUCCAUGAUGAGUAGUGAGUCUCAAGCAGAGGGCGAUGACGAUGUGCUGAUUUCCAUGGAGGAAGCAGACCAGAUCUAUCGCGAACUGGAGGACAGAGCUGUGUGUUGUGCUCCCCUCUCCCUACAUGCUAGCACGGAGGAUUUGGAAACGCAUACAGAUGACGAGGAAGGAACAAUGUCAGGAGACGAUGGCAUGAAGCAUGAGAAGCAGCGAGCCGGAAAAGUAGAGGAAGAAAGUCAAGCCAAGAAAGCCCUUGGCGGGAUUCUUUCGUGAUGACGAUGCUUUCCGAAGAUAAUUUAGCAUUUAUUAUUCAU